UCUUGGACCGAGUUCCAGUCUCCCAUUAUGGUGAUGUGAUUGUGAAUGGGGAGUAGUUGUUUUAGGGUUGUCGUGUUCGGAGCCCUCUAUUACAAGUCUUACGGGAACUUCAAGAGGAGGCCUUCUGAGCUGAACACUAGGCAAGAGCCAGCACAACUUGAUGUAUCAUUUGAUGUAGAGAACUUCAAGAAGCGAUCUUCGGAGGUGAAUGCGAGGAAGGAGCCAUUGAAACUCGAUGUAACAUUCGAUAUAGAGAUGGGAAAGGACAGUGAUGAAGCGGACACUGACAGGGAGCAGCUGAGGGGACGUAACUUAUCAUCGUCUCCUGGCAUUGUCAGCAUUCCGUCACCAGCUCAGUCCUGAGCUAUGAUUUAUGUCCACCACCCAGGAGGCGGCAAAACUCAAUGUAACGCUUGAUGUAGAGACGGCGCUAUGACAGACCUCAAAUCGAAGUGGGUUCCAGCUUGUUAGGAACCCAACCGCAUAUUCAGGGCUGGAGGGGUGAAUGAUGCUGUGAUGGAAAAGUGAUGGGGUGACGUGGGUGGGUCCCCCUGAUGAGGUGAAUUGGUCGGCGCAUCUCCGAAACGCAUUGAUGAUCUUCCAGGGGAUGGUCAUGCGAACGAUGUCACAACUGUUUGCAUCAUCUUCAAGUAAGUCGUUGUCCGUUGGUUUAUACACUGCGUCUUCUCAUUUCCGUGGCAUAGUAUACGAUUUUCUGUAUGCUGAAGUUGGCAGACAACCCAGUGCGUGGGUCCCCAUGAUGAGGUGAUGGACGGGUGGGGCAUUUCCGAAACACAUGGAGGAUAGGCCAGGGAAUGGUCAUGCGACACCACAACUACUUUAUUUUAUCAUCUUCUAAUAAAUCGCUGCUCAUUGG